CGGGGGGGGCCCGGGAGCCGCCCCGCGUAGCCGCUCCCCCAGCUCAGCACCAUGUCGGAGGGCUGGGUGGACUGCCCCACCCUGGGGCCCGGAUGGAAGCGCCGCGAGGCCUACCGCCGAUCCGGGGCCACCUGUGGACGGACGGACACCUACUAUCAGGGCCCCAACGGUGAGAAAUUCCGCAGCAAGAUCGAGCUCACCAGGUUCCUGGGGCCCUCGCAGGACCUGACCAACUUCGACUUCAAGAACGGCGUGCUCCGCGACCCGCCCCCCAAGGGGGCUGGGACCCCACCUCCAGCCCCGCUCGCCUUGCGCCCCGUGCAGGUGAAGAAGGCCCAGAAGAGGCGCCUCUCGCUGUCGGAGCCAGACCCCCCAAACUCCCCUGAGCAGCCGCCCCCCAAACAGCAACCCGUGAAGCCGGAGCCCCCGGAGCAGCCGCCCCCGGAGCAGUGGCCUCCGCCCCUCCCGGAGCGACGCCCCCGGAAGCGCCCGGCGGCCCUGCUGGAAGCCCAGGAAUCGGCGCAGGAUGCCGUAGUGGCAUGCUGCGCCAGCUGCCAGAACUACUUCCCUGGGGUGAUGCUGCCCAGCCAGAGACGCUGCCGCUGGCUGUGCCCGGACUGCCGAGCCCAGAGAAGAGACUUCAACAGGGAGCAGCGGUUCUUCAAGCGGGUGGGUUGCGGGGCCUGCCAGGCCUGCCAGAUCCCCGAGGACUGCGGCAUCUGCACCGUGUGCGCUGUGCGGGCCAAGAACCCCGAGCUCCGGAUCGGCAGGAAAUGCCUCCUGCGCCGCUGCCUGAAAAUCGUCAAGAAGGGCUUUGGCUGCGGCGUGUGCCAGGGCUGCCAGGCCACCGAGGACUGCGGCAUCUGCUACAUCUGCCUGCGGAGGCUGAAGCCCGGCCUGAAGCGGCAGUGGAAAUGCCUGAAACGCCGCUGCCUCAAGAAGAAGCAGAAAUCGGUGGUGGCGAAGAAGGCAGGGUACGGCCCCCGGAAACUGACCGUAGACGGGCCCCCCGCCAAGCCCCAGCUCGCCCCAGGGAGGCGCCGCAGGAGGCUGCCAGCGGCCGGGCCCAGCGCUGACGGCCUGGCCCCUAAACCUCGGCGCCGUAAGAGAUUAACCGCGGCCGCAGCAGCCACAAAAUGGAAGCCGUCGCUGGAGCGAGACCCCGGCGGCCUCUCAGGCUCCCGGCGCAGGAAACAGCUGGGUAAAGUGAAGGAGAAGAAGAAGCCGGGGCGGCCACCGAAACACCCGAGUGCCAGGGCCCGUAGCAGCGUGCUCUGCUCCAAGAGCCGGCGGAACCGCAAGUGCGGGGAGUGCGAGGCCUGUCUGCUGAAAGCCGACUGCGGCCGCUGCGACUUCUGCCGGGACAAGCCCAAGUUCGGCGGCGAGAACCUCAAGCGCCAGAAGUGCCGCUGGAGACAGUGCCUGCGCUUCGCAAUGAAGCGGCUGCUGCCGGCGGUGUGGAGCCGCGGGCAGGCGGAGGAGGGGGCGGGGGCGCUGGCCCCCCGGAAGGCCUGGAGGCGCAGGAUCGGCCGCAGCCGCCAGCCGGCCCGGAUCAAGCAGGUGGGGCGGCGGGUCAAGGGGAGCGGCCAGCAGCGCUGGGCUCGGGGCAGUGCCCCGCCGCAGGAGAAGGAGCGCCCGCCGGGCGGGGAGCUGCGGUUCCUGGCGGAGAAGGGGGUCGCCGAGGCGCCCGGGCAGCUGGUGCUGCUGAAGGAUCCGCCGGGCAGGGACUUCGUCCUGCUCCGCGACGCCCCCCAGAGCUUCCCCCUCCUGCUGCAGCACGUGAAGGAGGAGCCAGCCACACCCCCGCCCCCUGCCCACCUGGAGGAGCCGGCCCCCACCCUGCUCCGCGCCGCCCCACCCCUGGUGAAGCAGGAGAAGGUGGAGCCUGGAUGGGACCUUGCACCGGUGCCGGCUGGGGUGCCCCUGCGGAUGGAGGGCCGGGGGCUGGCCAGGGAAGUGGUGGUUCUGGACCCAGCUGACAAGGACGAGGAGGAGGAGGAGCGCACCCCGGUGAUCAUGGAGAUCUACAGCCUGGGGGCGCUGGCGGGCCGGGCGCCCCUGGACCCGGUGCUGCGGGAGUUCCUGGCCGAGCUGCAGGAGAUCCCGUUGCCGGCCCACUGGGAGGUACAGCCGCCCCUGGGGGGGCCCGACCUGCGGCUGGUCCAGCGCUCGGCCCGCUCCACCAUGGCCGCCACCGUCAUCCACAUCCGCCCGGGCCUCUUCUUCCAGGUGGUGGUGCGCCAGCUGCCCGUGCCCCCCGAGCACGAGGUCUACGCCAGCCACCCCGCCCGCCUCACCACCGUGGACGAGGUGGUGGAGCUGAUCUGCGACCUGGAGGCCUAUCGGCUCUGCCCUGGCUGGCCGGCCGGCUGGCAUGCCGGGCAGCGCUCCCAGGCCUGCGACGUGCUGGUCUACUCGGGCUGCUGCCCGCAGUGCCGCCUCAACCCCUGGCCCUCGGGCAGCGCCGGCCCCUAGUG